UCUGUUGUGGGCUUAGAGGCAUGACGUUAGAGUGAUUCCCAUUUCAUUUCCCAUCGCGCAUCGUUUCGUUCCAUUUUUCUCUGAUCUACCUCACUUCCCUUUCUUUGACCCAAACCCCAUCCACCACCUCCUCCAACGUCAUCGUCAAUACUCUGAAUUUCACUUCCAAACUCUCUUUCUUCCUCGCCGUUUUGUUCUCUCUCACUGUCGUUUUGUAUCUCUAGCUAGGUUUCGAGAAUGAAGUCCUCGCUUAACAAGUUGAAGAGAAUUGCACUUCACAAAAGUGGUGCAAAGGAGAAGAAGGAGUUUCAGCCUUCUGUGAAGUUCGACGAGCUUGCUCUCGCUGCUAAGUACAUGCAAGAGAUGAGAGAUUGCUAUGAUAGCCUUCUUGCCGCAGCAGCUGCUACUGAAAACAGCGCUUAUGAAUUUUCGGAGUCACUGCAAGAGAUGGGCACUUGUCUAUUGGAAAAAACUGCCUUAAACAAUGAUGAAGAGAGUGGUAAAGUUUUGGGGAUGCUUGGAAAUGUGCAGCUUGAGCUUCAAAAACUUGUUGAUAACUAUCGUUCUCAUGUAUCACUGACAAUAACCAGACCAUCGGAGUCUCUUCUUAAUGAACUAAGAACUGUUGAGGACAUGAAGCGUCAGUGUGAUGAAAAAAGGGAUGUUUAUGAAUACAUGAUUGCCCAACAGAAAGAGAAAGGAAAGUCAAAAAGUGGUAAGGGUGAAAAUAUAACUGUACAGCAUUUGCAAGCUGCUCACGAUGAAUACGAAGAGGAAGCAACACUCUGUGCUUUUCGGUUAAAAUCCCUGAAACAAGGCCAGUCACGUAGUCUCCUAACACAAGCUGCUCGACACCAUGCUGCGCAGUUGAAUUUCUUUCGGAAGGGACUUAAAUCACUGGAGGCUGUUGAGCCACAUGUUAUGAUGGUUGCCGAACUGCAGCAUAUUGAUUACCAAUUCAGUGGCCUUGAAGAUGAUGAUGGUAAGGGUAGUUUUGAAGAUGAUGGGAAUGAGUAUUCGUAUGAGGCUACUGAAGGUGGUGAGUUGAGUUUUAACUACAGAUCAAACAAGGAUGUCCCCACAUCGCCAAACUCAGCAGAGCAGGUGGAUGAAUCAGGCCGUUCAAAUGUUCGAGCUUCAACCACAGAAACCGUAGAGUGGCAGCCAAGUUUAGACAAGUACCAUGGAGAUUUUAAACUCCCAAAUAGAGAUCCACCAAGAGUCAGCAGCUAUUCAGCUCCAAUAUUUGCGGAAAAGAAAUUUGACCCUGCUGAAAAAGUAAGACAACUGUUGUCAUCAUCUGCAGCUGUAGCAAAGCCUAAUGCUUAUGUACUUCCUACACCUGUUGAAAUUAAAGAAACAAAAACCAGUUCUGCACCCCGCUUAAGUGCAAGUGGAUCUUCACAUGAUUUGUGGCAUUCAUCUCCUUUGGAUGAAAAAAAGAAUGUGAAAGAUUUUGUUGAUGGAAAAUCGUCAGAACCAGCUAUUGCUAGAUCUCACUCUGUUCUCAAAGAAAGCAACAGUGACACUACAUCUGCCCAGUUACCACGCCCGUCGAUUGAUAAAAUAAAAAGGCAUGCUUUUUCAGGUCCAUUGACUAAUCCAUUGUCUGUAAAACCUGUAUCCGGGGGUUUCCCACGUUUGCCAACACCUCAGCCUUCCUCUCCAAAAGCAUCUCCUGGCACUUCUCCUCCCCCUGUUUCUUCACCUAGGAUAAGUGAGCUACACGAGCUUCCUAGACCUCCUGGUAAUCAAACCAGCAAGGCAAUAAAAUCUUCUCGAGUAGGUCACUCUGCUCCCUUAGGAUUAAGGAAUCCUGAGCAUCAUGCAGCUAAUAAAUUUCCUCCAGGUGUAUCAAGUUCAGCAUCUCCACUUCCAACUCCACCCAUCAUUGUCUCUCGGAGUUUUUCUAUACCCUCUAGUAGUCAGAGAGGUGUAGUAUUAAAUGUUACUAAUAAGUAUUUGCACACUCACCAAAUGCCAGAAAAGGUUGAAGAAGCUGCAUCCCAUCCACUAACACCUUUAUCCCAGAGAGCAUCAACUCUAUCUGACCUUGCUUCUCACUCUAGUGAAAUCAAAGUGGAUGCAGGUGGGAGCUAAAUCUCAUACACGAUGCUGGGUUCAGGCAAAUGAUUUUAAAUAUAUUUGUUCUAUGCUCGUCCAAGCUAAAUCACUGGCAUGGAACUCUACGGUUUUGCCAAACAAAAGGUUCUGCCCAACAAAAGGUUCUGGGGAGGGUAUAUGUAAAUAUUUGAUGUAUUGUUUAGUUUCUCAUCUCAAUUUGUAUCUAUUAUUUUUACCAUAAUAACUAGUGUUGAUGGGAACUAAACUCUACAUGGUUAUGUCUUUAUGAUGUGCUGUGUAUAUAUUCCGGAUGAUUUUUUUUUGUGUUCACAUCCCCAAGUAAAACCAACUUAAACCUCUUGAAUUUUGUGGAUGAUAAUAAUUCUAGAAACAGAUACCCACCCCCCCUCUCGAAUUCCUCGCUUCUCUACGACAGACAGCUCUUGAAUUUUCACAUUGAUGAACUCAUUAGCCCUUGAUAUGGGUACUACUAUAUUUUUAUUAGAGAAACGCGUAAUAGUGAAAGAUUGUUUCGGCAAA